AACAAAACAGUGAGAAACUAUAAACGGAGGUCCUCAAAUCUGGUUGUCCGCCCGCCGUAAGGAAUGGGAAUCGGAUGCCACUCGCUCACGGCGGGUGAUAUGAGUGAUUGAGUGGUGGUAAAGGUCAUAAAGCAACCAACCGGCACUAUCGCCCCACUUUCCUCUUUACUCUUGAUUUUGCUUGUUCAUCAUCGAGUCACCCACAAAUGCCUGCGAAAGACCUCUUCAUAAACAGUAUUUCGACCCAGGAGAGGACCUGAAUAGUGUUUAUACACAGCGAUUCUUCAUGGGUUUUCAUAACUCACUCCGAAAACAGGUUUGAAACUUUCUUAGAUCUGUCUCUGUGCACCUCGCGGAUUGUAGAGCCCGUUUUCUUUUGUGGGUCUUCUGAACCAGUGUUUUCAUACUUUUUUAUUAUUUUUUUCCUUUUUUAUUUUUGUUCUAGAGCUGGCCUUUCUGUUAAAUUUCUCUCGAGUUUCCUCAGAUUAGUGUUUUGGGGUCCUUGAACGCUUUCGCGCGUUCUAAUCUUGAGUUUUUGCGAUUCUCAGAGGCUGAGCAAUUCCCUUUGACGACCCAAAUUGAGAAUUUAGGUUAAAUAGAAAUUGUUAGUAAUCUUUGUGUUUAAUUAACGAUGAAAUCUCGAAGACAUGAAGAAUUCAUGACCCAAUAUUCAUCGGGUAAGUUAAGGAACCAUAGACAUGACUUGGGUUCUGACCCUUAUUUGAUUUCGAGUUACCGCAGCGAUUCACAAGAUAAGCGGUCUCUGCACUCCCGUCGCCAUAGUUUGAGUCCUCCUAGGGUACCAGAGGGCUCAAGACGGAUUUUGGAUGGAGAUCCAAGGAGCUCUUCAGUUGAAAGAAGGGAUUAUAGUUGGCACAUGGGCCGAGGUCGAAGCGAUCAGGUUCGAUCUAGAUCACCGACAGUUGGGGAACUGCGAGAAAGGCCUCUCAUUGAUGAGUGGGUUAUGCACAGUAGUGGGAACUCUCCGCCUUUGGAAUUUAGGCGGAGAUAUGAUUUGUCUGAGCCCAUGAAUCUAAGUGCUGAUGCAAACGCUAGUCAUGCUUUUGAUCAUAGUUUUCCUAGAAAUGGUAAGGAGAAAGAUUUUAGUGGCAGUAGGUUAUCAGUACCUGAACAGCAUCAAUUGUGGGGUCAGAAAUCAGUGACCUUAGAAGAUGGCGUGGUUCGAGGAUCGGUUAGGUUGCAUCCAGAUUUUGAGCCAUCUUCAAACUACAGAGAAAUUAGCAGGGACUUAUUGUCAUCAUCAGGGAAUUUGAAUAUAGGCAGGUUUAGGGAUGAAAAUUUCGUUUACCGGGAACCCGUACAUUUGGAAAACUCAUCUGUUAUCGAAUCCUUAAAGGAUGGACAGGAACCCAGGCUUUAUUUGGCACAUCCUUUUGCGCCAGCAUCUCUGGCUAAGGAUUUUAGAAGUACCUCACAGUUAAAGGAUGUUGGGAGCAUCUCUUCCAGGAUCUUUCAGGGUGAAUUAAUGGGUUCUUACCACGAACACUUGCGUUUACCUCCAGAUGAAUAUCCAACUGGAAAACUCAAAGAAAUUUCAGGCUUUAAUGAACAUGACCAGAGAUCACGUUUGGACUCUGCAAGACACCCUGAUGCUGGGCAGAGUGACCAGUCAUCAUAUUCCAAACUGUAUUCCAGAUUUGGGGGAAGAGAGUGCGAUGAUUUUGGAUAUCCAUCUAAUGACUCUUACCAAAAGCUGCUUCCGCAUGUUCGAGUGGACUGUGAUCAUAGAGAUUUGGUAAGAUCAGGGAUGAUUGACCAAUUUACACAAAAUACUGAUGAGGCUGAAGUUUCUGACAGAAAUUUGAGAUUGAGAAAAAGCAGCUUAUUUGACCAUGAGGAGACAAAUACAAGCCAACUUGAUAGCAGAGCAUCAUAUGCAUCAAGACAAGGUGGGGAGUAUUUGGAUUUUGAUGGUACUAAUGGAAAGUUUGGGAUGAAAGUGUCCAGAGAUCACGAUGCAUCUCAUUUUGGUGUAAUGCGGGAUCAGGAAAUUUCACAUUUGAGAUUCGAACAUGAUAUGGGAAGAGAUUCAGGUUCUGGGCUUCUGAAAGGUAGAUUAAAGGGUUCACCUAUGUCUAAAUAUGAUGCAGAAAUGCAUAAUUUCUCUGUAAGACGGAGACUUUGUGAGGAGGAACUUGACUUGUGUGAUUCAUCUGAUCAGGUUCUCAAAAGGAAGUACAACAUGGAUGAAGAAAUUAGUAGACAUAAUACUAGAAGUAUUAUGUCAGGUAAAUGGAAACCACCCACUGAGAUCCGUGAUUUUGAUGAUAGAGGUGAAGAGUGGGUUAAUGAAGGUGGUGGUGGUCUAUUUCCAUCUCAAAGAGUUGGUUUUCAUUACAAGCAACAUAGAAAGGCUGAGAAAACAUUUGAUAUGAGCAGCCAUCAUAGACAUUCUUCACCUGAUGAUUGGUUGUCAUAUCAAGAUCAAUUGGAACAUGUGAUACUACAUGAAAAUAAACAUGGUAAUAGAUAUAUAAAGGGUCAUCCAAGACCUGGUUCUGGAAGCUGGUAUAACUCAUACCAUUUAGAUAGAAGAAGUGAUCCUCACAGACAUCACAACAUUUGGAAAAGAAGCAAAGAUGAUCGUCAUUUGAAUGUAUGUGAACAGGAUAUGGAGCCAACAGAAGAAUGGGAGACUCCUGCCAAGUCCGAACCACCUGAGGAGUCUGAGGAGUUUAAGCAGUUGGCACAUAAAUGCUUCCUGAAGUUCUCUAAAAAGUUGAAUGAGAACCCAGCUGUUCGAAGGCUGUACACAGGACAGAGAAAAGCUGGUAGUUUGUUUUGCAUUGUGUGUAGCAGAAGCCUAUCAAAGGAGUUCCUGGACACCCAACGCUUGGCUACGCAUGCUUUUAUGUCUCACAAGACUGGAUUGAGAGCACAGCACUUGGGUCUUCACAAGGCAAUCUGCGUGUUAAUGGGGUGGAACAGUGUUGUGGAGUCUGACACUAUAACCUGGGUGCCCCAGCGGAUGUCCAGUGCUGAAGCUUUGGCUCAGAAGGAAGACCUUAUUCUCUGGCCUCCGGUGAUUAUUGUCCAUGACAAUUCCACCAUGAAAAAUAAUUCAGAUGAGAAGGUCAUCACCAUUGAAGCGCUCGAGGCUUAUCUUAGACGCAAAGGUUUUAUUGGGGGAAGAAUCAAAGUGUGCCUUGGGAAUUCUGCGAACAAAAGUGUUUUGGUGGUGAAGUUCCUGGGUACAUUUACUGGACUGCAAACUGCAGAAAGACUUCAUAACCAUUUCGCCGAGAUUAAGCAUGGGAGAGCAGAUUUUGAGAACGUAUCUUCAAGAAAUGGCAGAAGCAGCAAGAGUAGAGGAGCAGCAGCAUUGGAGGGGUACAGCAUGGAAGAGUGUGUUCUAUAUGGGUACAUGGGGAUUGCAGAGGACUUGGAUGAAGUUGAUUCUGAAACCAGGAGGAGGUGUUUGAUCAAGAGCAAGAAGGAGAUUCAGGACAUUGCGGAUGCGCCUGUGAAACCUGAGUGAGAGGCUUCUGUUCGCAGGCAUGAUUUAAGGGUCUGACUAUGUUACAUCUUUGAUACCCUCCCACUCCUUCCCUCUUCUCUCUCUUCUUUUCUGUGAAAAUGGUCCUGAAUUUAAAUAAGUUUGUGAUUGUGUAAAUAUAGAUUUACGAGUGUGAAGUGUGGUGUGGCUUCUAACCCAUUUUCAUUAAUCUCCACCACCAUAUGGGUUUGGAUGCCAAAUUCGCUUGUGGUGAGUGGGUUUCUCUUCUCUGUUUUAAUCAAUAAUGUAUAAAAUCUUAAGAUGUUUGGUGCAA